GAAGACAAUAUUGCAGGUGUAGAGAAAAUGCAUUUUAUAUUAGGUAUUGAUGAUGUAGAAAAGGGAGAUAGGGUUGCAGGUCGAAAAAUUUUACUAGCGCAAAGACAGCAUGGUCCUAUGCCUACUAAAAAAGAGGAAAGAAGAAGAGAA